GAUCCUUUUUCUCACACACAAUACACAGUGGGUGAGUGAGGAAGCUGCUGUAUUCCAACGUCCCACUGCCCUUGUGGCUCAGAUCAUUCAAUUCCAGAAUUCUGAUUCAAUGAGAUAACAACAAAAAACCCAUUACUCCUGGCAGCAGAAGCCCGUAAUUAACUCACGCAACUAUGCUUACACCUCUCUGUAUCUAUAUAUAGCCAUUUUUACCCUCUGAAGAAUUUCAGCUCUGCACUUUUGAUAAAGACACCCCACCCCAGAAUUCACGUGCCCUCUUUCCCAACAUAACUCAUUACUUAUAUAGCUCAAAGUUUGCAUCUUUAUGCAGAGGAAAGGCGGUUUCUUGAUUUCAUUUUCUGAGAUGUGGUGGCUGGCAGCGGCUGUGGUGCUGGGGCUGGUGGCUGGGGGUGGUUAUGCCUUCCCGGAGGAGGAUCUGGUGGUCAAAUUGCCAGGUCAGCCUCCGGUGAAGUUCAGGCAGUAUGCAGGCUAUGUCGACGUGGAUGUCAAAAAUGGGAGGAGUUUGUUUUACUAUUUUGUGGAAGCUGCGGAUGACCCUCAUCACAAGCCCUUGACUUUAUGGCUCAAUGGAGGCCCGGGUUGCUCAUCAAUGGGAGGAGGUGCGUUCACGGAGUUAGGUCCUUUCUUUCCUAGAGGAGAUGGCCGCAGCCUCCGUGUGAACUCAAAAUCGUGGAACAAAGCAUCGAAUCUUCUGUUUGUUGAGUCUCCAGCCGGUGUAGGGUGGUCGUAUUCAAAUACCAGCUCAGACUACAAGUGUGGCGAUGCAUCCACAGCAAUGGAUAUGCACAUGUUUAUGAUGGGAUGGUACACAAAGUUUCCUAUGUUUCGAACCAGAGAUUUAUUUCUCACAGGUGAAAGUUAUGCCGGGCAUUACAUCCCGCAGUUAGCUAUUGCUCUUCUCGACCACAACGAGCAUUCUAAAGACUUCAAGUUCAACAUUAAGGGUGUUGCUAUUGGCAACCCUCUUCUAAGGCUUGAUCGUGAUGUUCCAGCAACGUACGAAUUUUUCUGGUCACACGGAAUGAUUUCAGAUGAAGUUGGGCUUGCCAUUAUGAAUGACUGUGAGUUCGAUGAUUAUACAUUUGCUAGUCCGCACAAUGUGUCUAAAUCCUGCAACGAGGCCAUAUCCGAGGCAGUUGAGAUUGUUGGUGAUUAUAUUAACAGUUAUGAUGUUAUUCUGGAUGUGUGCUAUCCAUCCAUUGUAGAGCAAGAAUUGCGACUCAAGAAACUGGCUACCAAGAUCAGUGUUGGAGUAGACGUCUGCAUGACCUACGAGAGGCGCUUCUACUUCAACCUUCCCGAGGUUCAGAAGGCGCUACAUGCAAAUCGAACCAAUCUACCGUAUAGUUGGUCUAUGUGCAGCAGCCUUCUGAACUACAACGAGGUAGACGGUAACAUUGACAUUCUUCCUUUGCUAAAGAGGAUCAUUCGAAAUCACAUUCCAGUUUGGAUUUUUAGUGGGGAUCAAGAUUCGGUUGUGCCUUUACUUGGUUCACGUACAUUAGUACGUGAGCUUGCUCAUGAUCUUGCGUUCAAGAUCACAGUACCAUAUGGAGCAUGGUUCCAUAAAGGACAGGUGGGAGGUUGGAUGACUGAGUAUGGAAACUUGCUGACUUUCGCAACGGUUAGAGGUGCUGCUCAUAUGGUGCCUUAUGCACAGCCAUCAAGGGCUUUGCAUCUCUUCAGCUCAUUUGUUCGAGGCAGGCGCCUGCCAAACAACACGCGGCCUUCCAUCGAUGAAUAAAUAUGCUGUUGAUGAUCAUGAUCAAAGUGAGUUUCAUGAUGUUGCUUUUUUUUGGUGUGUUUUGAAUUUGAUUCAUAGUUAUUUAUGCUGAGUUUGAUUUCUCCCCAAGGCAAAAGGGCCAUUUCUUAGUUGUUGUAAAACAAAGGAAAAUCAUAGUACUAGGAAUGAUGAAUUGAUGAUGUAUUCAUUUUUUUGUGGAAUGAAUGGAAAUUAUCAUUGCUUCGGUUGUUCAUUGAA